UCCCGCUCGGCUCUUCACUUAGGGGCACGGCAGGCGCCCACUCCUAGUCCGGACGCUUUAGGUCGCCUUUCCCGCACGCGGACGCGAGUACACGCUCCGCUCAUCUCGCCGUUCCUUCCCGUUUGGCCCCUGACCCGCUCCUUCAACCCUUCGAGUCUCCCCGGGGAACGACAUGACUGUCUGCAAUGAUACAUCCUGACAAGAAGUUGAUACCAGAGAAGGAAAAGAAAUUGACAGCUUGUGAACAGAAUCUUAAACAACCAGGAUUUUGUAUUUAUUACUUCUAACUAUAGACUUCUGUUGCCACUUUUAAAUUAGCAGAACUUCCAGAACUUGGACAAAGAUAAUUUCUUCUGGUUUUUGUUUGUUUGUUUUCUCUUUUUCCUUUUUCUUUUCCUUUUUUUUUCUUUUUUUUAAUUUGAUCGUGAGAAAACUGCAAUGUCUAGGAAACAAAGCCAGAAAGAUUCAUCAGGAUUCAUUUUUGAUCUGCAGUCUAAUACUGUACUGGCCCAGGGAGGAACCUUUGAGAACAUGAAGGAAAAGAUAAACGCGGUGCGUGCGAUCGUUCCCAAUAAGAGCAACAACGAGAUCAUCCUGGUCUUGCAGCACUUUGACAACUGCGUGGACAAAACAGUGCAAGCGUUCAUGGAAGGUAGUGCCAGUGAAGUACUCAAAGAAUGGAUAGUAACCGGCAAAAAAAAGAACAAAAAGAAGAAAAGCAAGCCAAAACCUGCAUCAGAAGCAAGUAGCAGUGCCCCAGACUCCAGUAAGUCAGCACCUGUUCAGGAGGAGCAGCCUGCAUCUUCAGAGAAAGGCAGUAUCAAUGGUUACCAUGUAAACGGUGCCAUCAACGACGCUGAGUCUGCUGACUCACUGAGCGAAGGUCUGGAGACGCUGUCAGUAGAUGCCAGAGAACUGGAAGAUCCUGAGUUUGCCACAGCAGACACACUGGACAGAACUGGAUCUGUGCUGGAGAAUGGUGUCUCUGACUUUGAGCCCAAAUCUUUGACUGCGCACUCUAUCUCGAAUGUCCAGCAAUCCCGGAACUCUGCCAAAUCUCUCUCCAGAGCCACCACAGGAACACAGGCUUCAAAUCUGGGAAUGGAGAAUGUUCCUCUCUCUUCCACCAAUAAAAAACUAGGUUCUAAUAUUGAGAAAUCGGUGAAAGACCUCCAGCGCUGCACUGUUUCUCUUGCGAGGUACCGAGUUGUCGUUAAAGAAGAGAUGGAUGCGUCCAUUAAGAAAAUGAAACAAGCUUUUGCUGAACUGCAGAGCUGUUUAAUGGAUCGAGAAGUGGCGCUGCUUGCUGAGAUGGAUAAAGUGAAAGCUGAAGCAAUGGAAAUCUUGCUCAGCCGGCAGAAGAAAGCAGAGCUUCUGAAGAAGAUGACAGAUGUGGCCGUUCGGAUGUCAGAGGAGCAGUUGAUUGAACUCAGGGCCGACAUCAAGCACUUUGUUAGUGAGCGUAAAUAUGACGAAGAUCUUGGAAGAGUAGCCCGGUUCACCUGUGAUGUGGAGACUCUGAAACAGAGUAUCGAUUCAUUUGGACAAGUGUCUCAUCCAAAGAACAGCUAUUCAACCCGAUCCCGCUGCAGCUUGCUGGCCCCUGGGUCCUUGGCCGGCCCAAGUGAUGGGUCUGCUACCUCCCCGCCUGAUGCCCCUGCUCCCAGCCUCCCAGGGGCUGACAAGAGGAACUGUGCCCCAAGAGAGGCUUCUGCAGCCGUGACGAACUCCAGCGACAGCAACCGGCCCUGCCAGGCUCACCGGGAGGUAUUUUCAGGCCACAGGAGAGGAGGACAAGGCCACAGGCCACAGAGCCAAGAGACCGCUGACCCCCCAAACCAAGGGCGCCGUGACAAUGCGGGUCGGUACAAAAACAGCUCGUGGUAUUCUUCUGGGCCCAGGUAUCAGGGUGUUCCGCCUCAAGCCCCAGGAAACGCCGGGGAGUGGAGCCGCCAUUACCCUGCAGGGAGCAAUGGACCUGGAGCCAGCUCGGAGCCCAGCCCAGCCAAGCCUUCAUUCAAAAAGGGGCUCCCACAGCGCAGACCAAGGGCCUCUCAGGCUGAAGCCUUGAACUCUUGAGGGGAAUUCCAGUUGGCCUCUCUUCUUUCCCAUCCAGUUCAACCUAAUAACUGGACCUAAGGAAAUGUAUACUUAGAUUUAAUAACAAAAAGAAAUUUAUGCAUAUCUCUUUGGGCCAUCCUAAAUAUUUUUGAUUUCUUCUCUCCUUAAUUUUUGAAUGAAAGCUGUUUUCCCUUGGCCUCCCAGUGACGUGGACUCUGCUUGGUUGCUGCCACCAGGAGCCAGGGCAGCAAAUGACAGUUUUCCCAAAGGUGAGCAGCCUUGUCCCCAGCACUCCUGGCCUUUGUCUGCCUACCACAGAGGCUCUCAGGAGGAAGAAUGUCACCACUAGUCCCGUGUCCCGUCCAUUCAAAGCAGAUGCCACAGGUGCCUGCCAGGUUCCCACUAGUGGACAGUUUGAGUGGGGUAGGAAUAAGGGAUUUUAUACAAUCCUGGGUCAGCCAGAAAAGGGAAAUGUGUGUUAGUUCGUGAGACAGAGAGAGCACGGGGAAGAUCUGACGACAACCUGCCUCUGUCUGGAAUGUGCCUGAGAUCUGACACCUAAGUCAGGGUUUCCGUCCUAUGCUUGGCACACUGUACCUUAACCUGCAGUUUCUUCCAAAUGCCCACAGCCUUGUUUCCUCUUACCUUAGGCUGAAACCUGGUCUAAGGAAGUCUAUUGGAAAGUAGCAUUUUAAGUUUUUUAAAAGAAAAAAUGUUUUUCUUUGUUUCAGUGUUUGGAGAUUUUCUUUGUUGUUCUCCUUCCCUUUCCUGAAUCCUGUUAUGAACCAAUUUUAUAUAAUAUAAUUAGUGUUAAUCUAA